UUUCUGAAGAAUGCUGCAAAAAUUAAAAUAUCUGCUUGCAAAAUGAUUGAUCAGCCAAAGCUUGGAGGAGACACUGAGAAACUCUGAGUUUGAAGUCAGGGUGCUGUGGAUGGAGCUGUGUGCAGCACAUGGCACUGAGGCUGCAGAGGGCAGCUUAAGGGCAGAUGGGGUGCCUCUGGGGGCUGAAGAGAGGGCUGGAUGUUAUUUCGUGGGACAUUACUGUCAUUAAGGUUAAUUUUAGGAGCCUAGGGCACGUACAGGUAUUUGGGAGCACGGGCUGGUGUCACCCUACCCCGAGCAGGAGCUGAGCUGCGCAGAGCAGCCGCUGCUCUGGGCUGCGGUUUGCAGUGUGAGCCCUGCGGAGCUGCAGUGUCAUUUCCCCAAGGGACGAGGGCACAACCAGAGCUGCCCUUAGAGCCCGGCAUGGGCACAGCUGCAGUGGCCAGUUCAGAGCCACCUCCUGCCACCACCUCCUCUGGACACAGGGCUGGGGCUGGCCAGGACAGUCCAGGCUGCUGCAGCAUGUGAGAGCCAGAGCCAGCACGCACCGGGGGCGAGGGAGCAAAGGGAAUCUUGCCGGAAGCUUCUCUAGAGGAGAUGGAGAACCCACUUCUUUUAUUCCCCCAACUCAACAUUUCUGCUUCAAAGGAUAAACCCUAUCACAAAGACAUGAAAUCAGCGAUUAAGGAAGAGCCACACAAGGCAAGCAAGCCUGGAGCUAAGCAGAAGAGAAAUAGGCUGAGCCUGCUCCUGCAGAAACCUGAAUUCCAUGAAAGUGAUCACCUUGGCAGACCUGGAAACUUGACAAAAGCAGCAAGCAGUGUGUCUCCUGAAGAAGCAGUGAAAUGGGGAGAGUCUUUUGACAAACUACUUUCUGAGAAAGCUGGGCUGGAUGCCUUCACAAAGUUUCUGAAAACUGAGUUCAGUGAGGAGAACAUUGAGUUCUGGAUAGCCUGCGAGGAUUACAAGAAAAGCAAAAGUGCACAUGAACUUCUGCCAAAAGCCAAGGCCAUUUUUGAAACAUUCAUACAGAAAGAUGCUCCAAAAGAGGUGAAUCUGGACUUUCACACCAAGGAAGCCACAAGCCAGAGCAUGGGGCAGCCCCUGCGCAGCACCUUCGACGCGGCGCAGAGCACAGUGUACCGGCUGAUGGAGCAGGACAGCUACCCGCGCUUCCUGCGCUCCGCGGCCUACCGGGGCCUGCUGCAGGGCCGGCCCGCGGCCCGCGCCCCGCUGCGCCGCCGCUCCCGCUCCUUCACCGUCAGCGACUUCCAGGGCGUGCGGCCCGACCUCACCGUGUGGUGACAGCCCAGCUCAGCCCUCCUCACACCUGUGUCACCGUGUGGUGAUGGCCCAGCUCAGCCCUCCUCACAUCUGUGUCACCGUGUGGUGAUGGCCCAGCUCAGCCCUCCUCACAUCUGUGUGGUGACAGCCCAGCUCAGCCCUCCUCACACCUGUGUCACCAUGUGGUGACAGCCCAGCUCAGCCCUCCUCACACCUGUGUGGUGACAGCCCAGCUCAGCCCUCCUCACAUGUGUGUCACCGUGUGGUGACAGCCCAGCUCAGCCCUCCUCACACCUGUGUGGUGACAGCCCAGCUCAGCCCUCCUCACACCUGUGUGGUGACAGCCCAGCUCAGCCCUCCUCACACCUGUGUGGUGACAGCCCAGCUCAGCCCUCCUCACACCUGUGUCCCCGUGUGGUACAGCCCAGCUCAGCCCUCCUCACACCUGUGUCACUGUGUGGUGACGGCCCAGCUCAGCCCUCCUCACACCUGUGUGGUGACGGCCCAGCUCAGCUCUCCUCACAUCUUUGUCCCCAUAUGGUGACAGCCCAGCUCAGCCCUCCUCACACCUGUGUCACCGUGUGGUGACGGCCCAGCUCAGCCCUCCUCACAUCUGUGUCACCGUGUGGUGACAGCCCAGCUCAGCCCUCCUCACACCUGUGUGGUGACAGCCCAGCUCAGCCCUCCUCACACCUGUGUCACCGUGUGGUGAUGGCCCAGCUCAGCCCUCCUCACAUCUGUGUCACCGUGUGGUGACAGCCCAGCUCAGCCCUCCUCACCCCCAGCUCCCACAGCAAUCUGGAUGUGUUUUAAACCCCAAACUCUCAGCAGGUGUAACUAAGUGAUGAAGCAAAAGAAAAUUCACUUACAGCAGGCCAGAGUUCUGGAGCAGAAUCUCACUUUCACAAAAAAGUAGGUGAUGUACUGGCAAGUCAUAACAUGCGGAGUUAUCAAAUAGGAAUUUUUUUUUUAACUCGGGCAAAGGCUGUGAUCAGAUUUGGAGGGAAAAUUUCAUUUUCCUGCUUAAAAGUAUCUCAUAUAGUGCCAUUUGAUAUUACCCAACACGUAUCCUGGGCCUGUACCUUUAGGCCAGAGUUUCAUCACAGUUAGAACAUCUGUAUCCAGUCUUUGCACACAUUUAUGUUUUUGCAAUAUUUCCUACACUAAGCACAGACUAUUUGUGGUAUUUUCUGAUACUGUAAAACAUACAGGAACAUUAUUAGUUAUAAUGAAAAGUUAGAUGAAUUUUAACUAAAGACACUGCAUAAUUAAAUCUAUAAUUAAAAUGUAACCAUUACCUAUUUUAAGAAGAACAUAAAAAUACCUAUUUAAUUUUUUGGGGGUACAUUUUUCUUAUUCCAAUGUCUGCUGUCUAUUUUUAAGUUAUGAUGUAUAUAUUAGCUUUGGCAUCAAAUACAUGUAUUCUAAUUUUUUGCAACUAAAUGAGCAGCAGCAAAGGGAUAAGAAUGCUAUUUUAACACAAUGUGUAUCCUUAAAUACCAGGUGAUGUCUAUGUAUAUAAAUAUAAAAUAUUUCUACUUUUAUUUAUAAAUAGUCGUGGUAUACCAACUUUGUAACUAAAUUUUGUUCUAAUUUUUUUUCUGCCUUUUGUUUUGAAAAUGUAUCUGAAAAUUAACAGCUCUUGGACUUGGGCAGAGCAACUUUCAGUUCCAUUGGACAUUAAUAUCAUCUCUAUAGGUUAUAGAAGAGAAAGGAGAAAUAUUUUUUAUUUCUUUACUAUCAAAACAUUUUUUUUAUAGUAGGCGCACACAGUCAUUCUGUCCUUUUCUUUCACAGUUGAUGCAGACAUACCUUGAAGUUUGGGGCAGUUCUUAAAACCUUAAACAUUGGUUCAGUUUAGGAAGGGGCUGCAGGAUUUAUCUAUAACUAUGACUUGUAUAUUAUGUUGUUUCUUGUGGAAUUUAAGAUUUCUCCCUUUCCCUCCCCUUUCUGUAAGUGGUGAAGGAGAAGAGGUGCAGCUCCUGAGGAUGGGACUUUGUGUUCAUUGUUAAUUUGGGGUGUAUAUGAACUGCUGGAUCUGCAGGUUUCCCUGUUUUAUUAACUUCCAAUAAAUCUGAUCUACUUAAA